AUGUUAGAUCUGAAGAAGGAAGAACAAGUUGAAGACCAUGACAACAGCAGUAGUCUCAGCCAGACCGACGAACAGCCGUUAGGAAAUGGUGUGCGUCGAAUGGAGACUGUCAAUGCCACACUGUCACACACUGGCACAUUCUCAGCAUUCGGUGUUCGUUUCCAGACUUUGAAGAUAUUGCUGCUUAUAGCGCUAUUCUUGCAGGGCUACUGCACAGGAUUGGGAGGUCAAAUCUCGCAGUCAAUUCAGACUUACGCCGCCAAUGCUUUCGGGAAGCAUUCGCAGAUCGGGUCGAUCAACACAGUCAAAUCAAUUGUCGCGGCGGCCGUCGCAGUUCCUUACGCACGUUUGUCUGAUCGAUUUGGGCGGAUUGAAUGCUGGAUUUUUGCGCUUGUUCUUUACACUGUGGGAGACAUUGCAAGUGCAGCAACUCCAAGCUUCGGUGGUUUGUUUGCUGGUAUAGUGGUGCAGCAAUUUGGUUACUCUGGGUUCAGACUAUUGGCAACAGCGCUGACAGCAGAUAUCUCCGAGCUUAGGGACCGCACUUUUGCCAUGAACAUUUUCUUGAUUCCGGUGAUCAUCAAUACAUGGGUAAGUGGGAACAUUGUCGAUUCGCUCGCUGGAGCCAAGGUACCCUACCAGUGGCGGUGGGGGUAUGGAAUUUUCUGCAUCAUCGUGCCCUUCUCCACGUUGCUGCUAAUUCUACCAUAUGCGUAUGCGCAGUAUUUGACUUGGCGUCAGGGAAGGCUUCCGCAGUUCAAGUUCAGGGAGCAGGGCCAGAGCUGGAGUCGAGCUUUAUGGAAUCUUGUGGAAGAGGUGAAUCUUGUAGGUAUUAUUCUGUUCACUGCUUUCCUGGUUCUUGUGUUGCUGCCACUCACCUUGGCGGGUGGUGCAUCCACAAAGUGGAAAGAGGGUUAUGUUAUUGCAAUGAUCGUUGUUGGGGGCUGCUGUGGGAUCUUUUUUUUUGUGUGGGAAUUUUGGUUAGCCAAGAAACCUUUUGUUCCAAGGCUUUAUCUCGGAGAUGCGACGAUUUAUGUGGCACUUUCGAUCGAGUUUAUUUGGCGUAUGGCGUUGCAGAUUGAACUAGAGUAUCUAAUAACGGUUCUCAUGGUGGCUUUCGGAGAGUCCAAGUUGAGUUCCCAACGAAUUGGACAAUUGUACAACUUUCUGCAAUCGUGUACAAACUUGGUCGUUGGUAUCAUGCUACAUUUUUAUCCACAUCCUAAACCAUUUAUCGUCGUAGGCUCUCUUCUCGGCGUUCUUGGGAUGGGUAUUCUCUACAAGUACAGAGUGGCAUAUGACGGUAUUUCUGGACUUAUUGGUGCCGAAGUUCUGAUAGGCAUAGCCGGCGGUAUGAUCCGCUUUCCCAUGUGGACUUUAGUACAUGCCUCAACAAGCCACGAAGAGAUGGCCGUUGCCACUGGGCUGCUCAUGUCGGUGUACCAAAUAGGCAACGCUGUGGGGUCUUCAAUUGCUGGCGCCAUUUGGACUCAACGUCUGGCAAAGGAGCUGAUCAAGCGGUUGGGCCCAAAAGUUGGGUUAGCGGUUUACAAAUCGCCGCUCAGCUUUUUGAAGAAAUAUCCCAUGGGUUCAGAGGUCCGUGGUGAAAUUCUGACUUCAUAUUCGAAAAUUCAGAGGUUGCUCAUUAUCGUUUCUAUCUCGUUUGCAGCUUUGAACGCCUUGCUCUGCUUUUGUUUGCCUGGUUAUACAAUGGGUAGCAAGCAAAGCUUCAGUUCAGAAGAAAGGGAGAAGCAAAAGCUAGAGAUGAGAAAAAAAUCGCUCUUGCGUCGCUUAAUCGGGUUCUGA